AUGUCGCGGGUAGACAUCUGUCACGCAAAGUCCGGGAGUUUGGUGAGACACUUGCAGCGACCCUCGCUUGCAGCCGCAGUUGUGCUGAUGCUGGCCAUACCCUAUCUCCUGCUUUUGGGCAGCGGUCGCCCAUUCGAUGUCGGGUUCAUCGGACGUGGCACCGCAAUGAUGGGUUGCCAUCCUCACAGAAGCGAAAGAUCACGGAUCUUCCGCCAGGUGGUGGUGGUAAAGCGCAAAAGAUCUUCCAACCCCAAGAGCAAUGGAGUGGGGAAGCGUAGAAGAUCUUCCAGCCCCAAGAGUAAUGGAGCUCCCUAUCCCAUGGUUCUUACAUCAAAGAUAAAGGGUGCCAAGUCGAUGGCGAAGUUGAAGGCCUUGCUGGAGAACGAGCUGGACACACCUGACUUUAACGAUAUCCACAUGUCGGCCACUUUUACCCGCCUGGCCUUCUUCAACAAGCGGCAGCGACUCUCAGCGAAAAUCCCACUUUGGACCAGACUCGCAACCAGGCUUCGCAUCAUGAUCCAGAAAGGCAGGAUUACUCCAAGGGGGGCUGCGCAUGUUUUGUGGGCAAUGGUUAAUGUCCACCAAAGCAUGGGUACCAAUAUGGCUACUGCAUUUGCACCACUUGUGCAGUGUGUGCAGGACAAGGCAGUGGACAUGAAUGCAUUCGAUCUGUCGAAUAGUAUCUGGGCCGCCGCAACGCUUCAGGAAUCUCAGCCGCAGGUUCUCAAAGUCGUGGCAUCACUCGCAAGGUGCAUACCGCAGAAAGCGCAUGAGAUGAACCAACAGGACGUAUCGAACUGCCUUUGGGCUGCUGCCAAGCUUCAAGAAUCAGAGCCGGAGGUUCUUAAAGCCGUGCCGUCGCUCGCAAGGUGCAUACCACAGAAAGCGCAUGAGAUGAACCAACAAGAAGUAUCGGACUGCCUGUGGGCUGCUGCAAAAAUUCAAGAAUCAGAGCCGGAGGUCCUCAAAGCCGUGGCAUCGCUCGCAAGGUGCACACCGCAGAAAGCAAAUGAGAUGAACCAACACGCAUUAUCGAACUGCCUUUGGGCUGCUGCCAAGAUUCAAGAAUCAGAGCCGGAGGUCCUCAAAGCCGUGGCAUCGCUCGCAAGGUGCAUACCGCAGAAAGCGCAUAGGAUGAGCCCACAGGACGUAUCGAACUGCUUUUGGGCUGCUGCCAAGCUUCAAGAAUCAGAGCCGGAGGUCCUCAAAGCGCUGCCUUCACUUACGAAGCGCAUAUCGCAGCGAGUGCAAAGAAUGAAUCAGGUGGAUGCUCUGCAGUGUUUUGUGGCAGCUGCAAAGCUUCAAGAAAUGACACCGGACGUGUUGAACUGCUUGCCAGCAAUGAUCUCCCAGAUUCGUCGGACAGUAGCUGCCAUGGAUGUCCGCGAACUGCAGCUUGCGGUAUGGGCAGCAGGUGAGUUGGGCCAGUACGACUUGAAAGCUGCAUUGAAUCAAGAGAUCAAGCAGCGUCGAGAGCCAAGCAGCGACAAAGAUCGUUGA